AUGGCCUCAAAACAAGACGCCAAGAUCCAAAAGAUCAUUGCGCGACUACAGAAGCGCACCGCCGAGGGCCAGUUCGAAGAGCAGUACGAGGCCGGACAGGAGACGAGACUGGUUGCGGCGCGGUACACAAAAGCGGAGAACUGGCAGGCCGCCAUCGACAUUCUGUCCAGCGUGUCGCAGGCACUGCUGAAGGCCGGAGCUGGCGGCGCCGGCGGCGAUCUCGCCAUCUUGCUGGUGGACGUGUACAAGCAAGGGAAGAUUAAGCCGGAUGCGGCGUCGCGCGGGCGGCUGUUGACGUGCUUGAGGCUGUUUGACUUCGAGGAGCCAACGAGGAAGAAGUUUGUUAAGGAGAUGUUUGACUGGUCACGAAAGUUCGGCGACUACCCCGCCGGCGACCCGGAGCUGCACCACGUCGUCGGCACCCUCGCCGCCGAGAACCACGAGACGGACGAGGCCGAGAAGCAUUUGCUCCUAGGCACCAAGGAGUCGGUCGAGGUGCUAACGCGCAUGGAGUAUGAGUGGUACAAGGACAACGAGCAACCGCACACGGCCGCCCUCUUCGCCGCCCGCGCCAUCCUGCCGUACCUGCUGCUGGCUAACGUCCGCGCGGCCAACACGUCAUACCGCGCCUUUGUGUCGGCGCUCACGGCCGAAAACACGUCGCUUGGCGUGCAGAACGUGGAGAGUUCCCAUGGCAGCGAUAUCCGCAUCUUCCCGAGCCUGCCGCUGCUGAAUUUCUUGGGGCUGUUGCUGCUGGCGGUGCAGAAGGGAACUCCGGAUCUGUUUAGGCAGUUGAAGACGAAAUACGCGAGCAACCUUGCCGAGUUGGGUGGAGCGUGGGAUGGUGCCCUGGAGAUGAUUGCUGAGAUGUACUUUGGUAUUCAGAGGCCAAGACAGUCUAACCCACUGCUCGAUAUGAUGGGUAGCUUGUUCGGCGGCGGCGGUGGUGGUGGUGCGGGUGCUGCGGGCGGCAGGCCGCCAGUGAGGAGGGUUGAGGCGGCGCCUACUGCUGAAGGACUGGAUUGA